AUGUCAAACUACGAAGAUGAGGACUACUUCCUCCCACUCGAAGACCAGCGUGUCUUCGGCGCAGGCAUAACCCGCAAACGUGUCCCCUUCGUGCGAUCCUCAAAUCAUGAACUCUCAACACUCACAUCGUCAGCGCCUAGCACCCCGUCGAACGCGGGGGCUAGUAUAGCGAAUACAUAUCUCUCGAUCGUUAUGCCAAAGUCGUCAUCCUCAGCUUCGGGUCCAGACUCGGCUGCGACCUCAGAGUCGCGAUCUAUAACAGCAGGGGAACCCAGCUCCGACACAAACGACCGCAGCCACUCCGCCCCUCCUCCGCCCACGUCAAAUACAACCUGUGAAGUCUGCAAACUCCCGCUGGCUCCCUCCGAAACAGAAGCUCGUAAACCUCAUGAAUCCUCUAUCGCGCACCAAGUCUGUCUCGCUCAUUCUCAUCCGCCCUCUCACCUUGACCGUACUCGGCAUGGACUCCGCUACCUAGAGUCUUAUGGCUGGGAUCCAGAUAGCCGACUAGGCCUUGGCGCUUCUGGAAGAGAGGGAAUUCGAGAGCCCUUGAAGGGGAAAUUAAAGGCCGAUACGGUGGGGCUUGGAGCCGCUGUGCCUUCGCCGGAGUCCAUGGAUAAGAAAAAGCAGGACAAAGUUCAAAAGUUGGAUGCGAAGCAGGUGAGGAAGGGUCAUAUGGAGGCACGGAAGAAGAGAGAAAAACUACAAGAGAUGUUUUAUCAGGAUGAAGAUGUGUUGAGGUAUCUUGGCGGGGCUUGA